CGAAAAAGCAGGGAAAUAUUAACUUGUGUAAGGAUAUAGUAUGUAUGAAACUGAGUAGAAGCUCAAUGCUCAUAUAAUUCCUAGGGCUCUUUUCAUCUCUGAUAAUACCGAGGAUUUUCAAUUUCAACCUUCUUGAAUACUUCUUAGAAUUUGCGUUCUGACGACUAAUAUACUACUUCUCGAUUAUUUUCACCAAAGACAUCGGAGUAGAGCUUUUCAUGGGUUUAUAUUAUUGAAAAUCAAAAACUAUGUCCUCUUCCGUUUCCUCAUACAGUGGUUUCUCCCCGAAGGAAGACGAUAAGAUUCCUGUUUUGGAUAAUGUAGAUCAUAUUUCUCCCGAAGAAUUUUAUAAAGAUUAUGUUUCAAAGCGAGUUCCGGUGGUUAUAAAAUCUUCUCUCCCAGAAUCAGAUUGGAAGGGCUAUCUCUGGAAACAAGAGGAUUACCUUCUUGAAAAGAUUGGUCAAAGCGUAUGCAAGAUUGAACCUAUGGAUCCUUCUACUGGGACUUUUGGUCAGGGGAUGAGUCGUAAUGAGAUGACCGUUGCAGAAUUUCUACAACGCAUAAAAGCAGGAGAGCGUCUGUAUUUGACAACUCAAUACGAUGACUCAGAUGAUGUUCUGGAUGGUGAUGACGAAGUUUCCUUACUUGUUAAGUCACUUUGCCCAGCACCAACGGACAAAUUAUUGUCUGAUUUUUCUUUGACUCCUGCGUUAAUGGGAAAUCUUGUUCCCCAGCAAUGUAAUAUCUGGAUUGGCAGAAGUGAGAACGGCACGUCUUCUGGUCUUCACCAUGAUUUUCAUGACAACAUCUAUACCGUUGUGAAAGGACACAAGCGAUUUGUAAUUCUUUCCCCUGAUAGUGCGCUUCAUCUUCAGUUGGCUGGAAAAAUAUCUAAGAUUCAUCAAAAUGGGCUUAUUUCUUAUGAAGGUGAAGAUCGUCCUCAACGUAGUGAUGGUUUAACAGAACUAGAUGCUGCGAUCGCUCACACUCAGUUCCUGGAAAUGAAAAUUUCUGACUUGAAAGAACUCCAAGCUUCUGAAGACAUCAUUCAAAGGUUAGAGGCCGAGUAUGAAGCAGAAAUGGACAAUGUCCUUCAGAUGCAGCUUGGUGGAGAAGCACAGGAUUGGGAUGAAUUGCAAGAAGGUGAUGCUGAUAGCUUACUGGAUAAAUCCUCGAACGAGAAUGAUGAAGGCUUCUCAUCUGCAGAUGGCGGAGAUCAAUUGGAUAGCGAAGAACAAGUUUCUGAGUCCGGAAAUGAGAAGCCAUCACUACCUGAUCAUUUUACGAAAAUUACAGUUCCUGGAUUACACAAGUACAUGGGCUUCGACAACGCCAAGGAUAUUAUACCUUCUGAAGAAGAAAGAACCGCUCUAUCAAAGACACAUCCCUUAGUCGUAGACUUGGAGCCUGGAGAUAUGUUUUAUUUGCCUGCGAGUUGGUUUCACGAAGUUACGUCUUCAAGCGCAGAAGGUGAAAGCAGUAUUCACGUUGCAUUCAAUUACUGGUUUCAUCCUCCAGAUAAUCUGCACAACUUUGAUCAUCCAUACGAAGAUAGGGAUUUAUGGAAGGCAAAAAGGUCUAUGGUUUCUAAAGCUAUACAGCGUUUGUAUGCUACCAGUGGUACUACUGAAAAAAGAAAUUGGGAAGGAGAAUCAUCUACGUCAGAAAAGCAGACAAAAAAAAGGGUACAGUGAUUGAACGUAUUUGACUAAUAUAAAAUUUGUUAAGGUAAAAUAUUCAUAAAAAUCCAAUAAAAAAGGAAUUGAAAAAGUAAACGAAUGAAUAUUGUUGAAAAUUGGAGGUAUUUAAGUUAUAACAAUCCAUAACAUGCAUAAGAGGGGAAGAAAUAUCCAGUAUAUCUAAUGUGGGAACAUAA